AUUGUCUCAUCCUCUCUUCACCAACCUUGCAACAAGUGUUCUUGAGCUUAGUUCAGUAACUUAAAAAUGGCCAAAAUUUCAGUUGCUUUCAAUGCUUUUCUUCUGCUUCUCUUUGUUCUUGCUAUCUCAGAAAUCGGAUCGGUGAAAGGAGAAUUAUGUGAGAAGGCAAGCCAGACAUGGUCCGGAACAUGUGGCAAGACAAAACACUGUGAUGACCAGUGCAAGUCUUGGGAGGGUGCAGCCCAUGGAGCUUGUCACGUGCGCGAUGGGAAACACAUGUGCUUCUGCUACUUCAACUGUUCCAAAGCCCAGAAGUUGGCUCAGGAUAAACUCAGAGCGGAAGAGCUCGCCAAGGAGAAGAUUGAACCCGAAAAGGCGACAGCCAAACCUUGAGUAUGUAGCAAAUGUCAUACGAUUAUGAAUAAAGAGAAAAUGCUUUCUACUUGGCAUAUUCAGCAUUUUCUUGUGUGUAAUGUUUGUUGUAUUUGGAAAUUGGAAUCAGUUGCUUCAUUAUGAUUCCAUGCAAAAUGUUCUAAUGAAAUGAUAUAUAAAUUAUGUUGUUUUGAAGCCUGUA